AUGUCUAAAAAUCAAAAGGCCACUUCAAUUACUGUACUCCGAAAAAACGCAUUCGCGAUUUUGAAUAUGGAGAAGGAUAGGCAUAUCGGAAAAUCUGGCGGAUUUGUUAAUAAUUAUAAAGAUAUUUAUCAUAAACUACUGAGUUACAAGAGCACUUUAACAAUGCCCAAGCCAAAAUUGUACUUUGCAAAAGUAGAUGUAAAAUGCUGUUUUGAUUCAAUCAACCAAGAUUUGCUUUUAAAUGUCUUGAUCAAAAUACUUAAAAACGAAAAUUACAAGCUGAUCAAAUAUACAACAGUUUCCAAAGUUCGUGAGAAACAAUUCAUCAAAUACGAGAAAAAAGCGUAUCCAGCUGACGAGAUUCCUCAGUUUCCUGAGAUUGCAAAUACUUUGGCUGAAUCUUUGAGAGAUACAGUAUUCGUGGAUGGUGUUACCUAUCAAACCAAGGAAUAUCGGGAGGUAUUACGUUUCCUCGAAAGUCACGUAAAACAGAAUGUAAUAAAGGGGGAAGACAUAUAUCAUCAGUAUGAAGGAAUACCUCAAGGAUCGAUCAUUUCCACACUUCUAUGUAACUUCCUUUUCAAUGACCUUGAGAAAAAUAAACUGGGUUUAUUUAGCGGGAGCGAUGGGUUGCUUUUGAGAUGGGUGGAUGAUUUUCUCUACAUUACCACGGAAAAAAACAAAGCAGUUCAAUUUUUAGAUGUGAUGUGUGAAGGACAUCCGGAGUAUGGAUGCUUUAUCAACAAAGAAAAAAGCUUGGCAAAUUUUGACUAUGAUCAGGUCAAUAAAUGUCAAGUGGAGGUUCCCUGGUGCGGCUUAUUAAUACAUUCGAAAACAUUGAAUGUAAAAUGUGACUACUCUAAUUAUUUGCAUUUAGCCAUUCGUCACCAAAUUACAAUAGAAUUUUCGCAAAACCAGUCAUUGGCUUUGAGACAAAGACUAACAAAUUGGUUAAGGCAGAAUUGUCAUGAAGUUUUCAUGAGUGUCAAGUUGAACUCGGUUUACACAGCACGUCUAAACUUGUACCAAAUUUUUUUAAUGGCUGCUUUGCGAUUUCGCGAAUACGUAGAGGAGUUGGCAUCGAAUAAAGUUGAAAUGUCCCAUAUAUUUUUGGCAAACUUGAUUCGCGAUGCUUUCUUGCACAUGAACCAACUUAUCACUCUUGAGGAUCUUUUUGCGUCAGCUUGGGAAAGACAAGUUAGUUGGUUAGGUCUUCACGCGUUCCGGAGGGUAUUCAUGGCUAGAAAUAAUAGAAGAUUCAAAUAUCUGAUUGAGGAUCUUGCCAAGUUUAUGAUUUUGCUUAAUUUGGGCGGUACUUUAGAGAGGACACUUUGUUCUGUUACGGACCUAAACAAUUCUUUGGUAUUCAAACAAUUGUUAAGGUUAUAA